UUUAUUGGGCAAUAAAAAGGUUUUUCAAGUAGUGACAACGGGAGUUCUUACAAGAAAUGCUAUUUUAAAGUAACGCACUGUUUAUUUGAUAUGGAUGGGACCGUUUUGAAUUCUGAAGUUAUAUACCACCAAAUGAUAAAGAAAAUAUGCGAAAAAUAUAACAUAGUAUACACGAAAGCUUUACAAAUCAAGUUGUACGGCGUUACCGAUAAACAAAUUUGUGAGACUGUAGUCAAUGAACUGAAAAUGCCGAUAUCGACGUACGAAUUUGAAAGGCAGUUGGGAGAUUUAGCUGAGAAGCUGUUACCGAGUGCGCCGUUACAAAAAGGAGCAGAGCGUCUCCUAACUCAUCUCCACGACUAUAAGAUCCCAACGGCCUUAGCGACAAACUCAACCGAGCAAGCGGUUAGGCUUCAUGCCACGGCGAGACCUAAGCUGUUUGGUCUAUUUCAUCACAAAGUUAGUGUAACAGACCCAGAAGUUUUCCAUGGGAAGCCAAGGCCUGACAUAUAUCUUGUAGCUGCAUCCAGAUUUCCUGAUAAACCAAAACCGAAACAGUGUCUUGUCUUUGAAGAUUCAGCAGUCGGUGUGACGUCUGCGAUAGAAGCAGGAAUGCAGGUAGUCAUGAUUCCUGACGCUCGUCUUGAUCGGGAGCACACGCGUCACGCUACAAUCGUCAUCCAAUCCCUCAUGGACUUCCAGCCAGAGUUAUUUGGUUUACCGCCAUUCGAUGAUACUCCUAGACGAUACAGCAGAAUUGAAGAUAAUUCGCCGUAAAGCAGUUAUAUGUGUUAAACGCGAAUUAAGAAAUUGAAAUAACGCAAUAGACUUAGUUUGCAUCAAAAUAGUCAAGUUACGUAACGUAAACACGACCGUUUAAGUAAACGCUCUUAUUCGGAGAUCAGCUAUUUAUAACAUUUAACCAAAAAAUUGCGUGAACUGUCCAUUAAUUCAGACAUUUCGUUGUG